GUAAACCGGAUACAUAGACCACCCCUCACCACAUAACAUUCCGUCCGCUGUCCGCUUUCAUGCACGUGGGGUAGGUAGGUACCUAAGUAAUCAAGGCAACAAGAAGAAAAAGAAGAAAUAAAAAAAUGGAGUCAAUCGACCCGGCCACCGGGCGAGCGCUGCCACCCGACGCCAUCCAAAGAGUGCUAUUCGUAGCGAGCCCCGUGCACGUCUACAACAUCCCGCCUAUGGUCCCCGGAAAGGGCCAUGUCGCGGCGACCUGGACGGGCGAGGGCAGCGAAGACCGACAGAUCUUCACGGCGCGCAUGCGCGUCAUCGAGACUGCCAUCCCCGUGCCCGGCAACAACAACAACGACGGCGACGGCGAUGGCGACGAGCAGGUGAAGACGGACAUCAUCCUCGAGGACGCCAGCACGGGCCAGCUCUUCGCCGCGGCGCCGUACACCGCCGCCGCCGUCGUCGAGCCCGUCUCCGACAGCUCGCGGUUCUUCGCGCUGCGCGUGCAGGACGACGCCGGCCGCAAAGCCACUCUAGGCGUCGGCUUCGAGGAGCGCAGCGAGGCCUUCGACUUCGGCGUGUCCUUGCAGGAGGCCCAGAAGACGCUUGGCUGGGGCGGUCAGGCCGGGGGGAAGAAGCCGGCCGUCGAGCGGCGGAAAGACGGUGCCGCCGAGAAGCAGCGCGAUCUCAGCCUCAAGGAGGGCGAGACGAUUACGGUUAACCUGCCGGGAAGAUUCGGCAGACGGAAGCCGGAGCCGCCUCCUCAGCAGGGCUCGGGCAAUGAUGGGGGUCUAUCGUCGUUCUCGUUGCCCCCGCCGCCGUCGUCUUCGGCAUCACCUGCUUCAGCAGCGCCUCGCGGUUCGGGAAUACUUCCGCCGCCACCGACUUCGCACAGCAGCACGCGCGCAAAACGGUUGUCAGCGCAGGAUUUAGGGUUUGACGACGGCAAGUUUGGGGAAUUUGCAUGAACACUAGGUUACUCGACUUAGGCGGUUCCAAAUUAAAAACUUAUUGCUGGAUAGAAGAUUACGAUGAUGGAGGGAUGGAUACUAUCAGUAAUAGUAUUACUCUCGAGACGAGGUAUA